UGAAAUAUGAAAAAAUCAAAAUGUUUCAAGUAAGCAAUUCGUUGGAUUUCAUCACUUGUCCGUUUGUGCGCAAAGACGAAAUUUGCAACCGAGCUCAUUGCGUCUUCAGCCAUCGGAAAACUGCCAACAGUUCAGAUAAAACAAAGACUUCAGCAGCUUUCAAAUCUCCAUUAAGAUCUGAGAAGAGUAUUUCAUCGAAUAUACGAAGAAACGAUUUGGAAUACGACCCUGUAGAUAAUUAUGCUGUUAAUGGUUUGAGCUCUGCAAAGACAGCUUCGACAAAUUACUUGGCCAAGUGUCACAAAAAACCGUUGGUAAUUGAACAACAGUCGGAUUUUUUGCACAAUAAUGCAGGCAAAGAGAAGUUAGAUUAUUUGAACGGCAACGUAGAUUCUAAUAAUGUUGCAAAGAAACCUGAAGGCAAGACAAAAACCUGUGGUAAGAAAUCAAAGCUGAAAACGUCGACAGAAAAUGUGCUCAAAAAGUCGUCUACAGAAAGUGCGAAAAACACGGCAACAAAAAUGGUCAAACAGGUUCAAGUCAAGCGUAAAUUGGUUUCUGAAGUCGAUUUUCUUUCCAUGGAGGAAGGGGGCUUGGACCUUCCGAAGAAGAAAAAACUUCCAGCUAAUAAAUCAGUAAAUGGCAAACAGCAAGCAAAAAGUUCUGUAGAGCUUGAAAAAAUUGACUUAACUGAAGAUAUUGAAUCUCCAGAGGAGUUAGAAAUAUCAAAUGUUGCGCAUAAUGACUCUCCAAAAGGUAAUAUUACAACUUCAACAUGCAAUCGAAGAGUGGAAAUCCCAUUUCCGCAAGUUGAAGUGCGAAAACAAAGUCCAGGAACUCCUUACGAUCUCAUGCAACAGAGGCUGCAAUUAUUAGGCCAACUAAAGGCUUCUUUAACUAAGCCGAACAAAUCUUCAAACGGUGCUAAAAUAAGUGUUCCAUCUGCAGAUAUUAUAACCAAGUCCUCGACUGUAGCUAGUGAAGUUUCAAAAGAAUCAGCAUUAGCUAUUAUUAACUCAGUACCGAUAUCGAAGUCAAGAGUGGCACAUCAGCCGAAAGAAGAAAUAGCCGAUAAUCGACAAGUACUACUUAAUACUGGAUGUACCAGUGGUCAAUCGGCUGCAAAAGCGCCGACAAUAGAUCCCAAAACACAUUCUUCUAAGAUUCCAUUGAUAAUACGUCAGCAGUAUUUAAAUAAAUUCUUCGACCAUUACCAAAGGUUGACCAGCGAUUCUGAUGCACAUACGAAAUCAGCGGAGGCAGAAAAAUCUAUUUAUGAUCGGACGAAUUCUAAGACGGUUUACAUGAGUUCAUGUGUGAAUGCUCUCAAAAGGCUGGCUAAUAUGUCAUCAGCUGAAUUUCUAGCGCAAAGCGAAAGUAGCAAAUCAUCAGCUAUCGACAAACCAGCCUCGUCGUUGUCUUCAACGUCACUGUCGAAAACAAAAUCACUAUCACAUAAUCAAGUUCUAUUUGGAUCUAAAUACUCUUUCGUCUCACAAAACACCAGAAAUUCAGGUUCUUCGCAACGUAAUUGCCUAUCUGGAGAAGAAUUUCACAAGCUUUGUGAGAAACUUUGUCUAUCUAGCGAUGAAUUGAAAAUUCAUGGUUUUCCCGGUUUCGGAGAGUCUAAGAGAAAAUGUUUUCUUGUAAAUGACCUUGAGAAGGUAGGUGUGAAUGAUAUUGAAGAGCGAAUUUGUUCACGUUGCGGAAAAAGUUAUUCAGUUUAUGCAAUAAGCGGAUCUCCAGUUAGUGCCAACUGCGAGUCGGUUGAAUGCGUGUACCAUUGGGGUAAGCUCUGGUACCAAAGAACCUCGAUGGACCAAAGAUUCAAUUGCUGCCAAGGAGACGUAUCAUCUAUCGGUUGCUGCAUUUCUAAGGGGCACGUGGUAGACAGAACUGUAGUUUUGAAGAAAGAGUUUAUUCCAACGUCUGACAGAAAAAAUGGCGAAACGGAUAGCGAUGGAAUACACACUGAGCUCCAUUCCACAUUUGACAAGUCUGUAAGCCAGGAAGGAAGUUUCAGUAACAAAUCGGUUUAUGCUAUCGACUGUGAAAUGUGUUACACAACGAUGGGCAUUGAAUUAACGAGAGUUAGUGUAGUUAACGACAAAAACGACGUUUGUUAUGACAAGCUAGUGAAACCUAAAUUCCCAGUUGUAGACUACAACACGCGGUUCAGUGGAAUCACGGAAGCGAUGCUUAAAAAUGUGUCAACAACUCUUUCGAUUGUGCAGAAAGAUCUGCUUAAACUGUUCAGUGGUUCUACUAUCUUAGUAGGCCACUCGCUAGAGAGCGACUUGUUUGCUCUGCAAUUGAUUCACGAGAAAGUAAUUGAUACUUCAGUUCUGUUUCCCCACAAAAUGGGACUGCCUUACAAGCGGUCACUGAAGAACUUGGCUCUGGAAUACGUGGGCAAAAUAAUCCAGGAAAGUGCGGAUGGUCACGACAGCAAUGAAGAUGCUCAAACGUGCAUAUCGUUACUAAAAUACAAGUUAAAAACGACGAGUGUUAGAACUUGAAAUAUGCAAUAUCUAAAUUUGAACUGCUUUCGAAAUCAACAAGUGAUUUUUACAAUUG